UCCUCCCCAACGAGUAGCGUUUGAUUUUUGAGGAAUGACUUUUGCAAACGAAUACAAGGGCUUCCACCCGCCUUCGCCUUCAUGGACACCAGACCGCAUUGACCCCAGCACCACCACACCCCAAGAAUUCUUUGAAAAAUACAUUGCAACGCGCACUCCUUGCAUCCUCACUUCACCGAUUGCAGCUACCAACUGGAAAGCAUCGACAUGGACCGCAGAUUACCUCAAGCGACGCUCAGGGGAUCUCACUGUCAAAGUGGAACGCAAACAUCCAUCGACAGGAGGAUUUGGAUCUGGGCUAGAUAGAUUGGAAAUGCGCUUCUCGGAUUUCUUAAAACGGCUCGAAAAUGGGGAACGUGAUCUCUACAUGACGACGCAGUACGCAACACAUGAGGACAAGGACGAAGCGAUGCAAAAGGUUUUGGAAUUCCUUCCGCAUCCAUUGACAAAUCUGGUGAACGAUUUUCCCCUUCAUCCGGAACUGAUGGGACAUCUGGUUCCUCAAAUGGUUAAUCUUUGGAUGGGGAGCACGGACCCGGCAUCGCCGACAUCAUCCGGCCUCCACCAUGACUAUCAAGACAACUUGUACAUCCUCCUUCGAGGCAAGAAGCGAUUUACUCUAUUUAGCCCCCGAGACGCGGAGUACAUGUAUCUUCAAGGCGAUGUGGCCCGGGUGUGUGCGAACGGGUACAUUCUUUAUGAUGGUAUGCACAGGAGGGACGAUGGGGCGGGCAUAAGGGACGUGGCAGAGUGGAAGGUGGGAGUUGCAGAGCGGCGGUUGGAGGAAGCUGAAGAGGCUGGAGAAGGAAUUGAAGAGGCGGAGAAAGAGUUGGAGGCGGCCAUGGACGGGUUGAUGGUGGUGAGCGGGGAGGAUGAUGACGUUAUAGAUGAUUUUGAUGAUUUUGAGCUACUAGACGAUGAAAACGGGGACAUAAAGGAUGGGGAAGAAGAAGAAGAAGAUGACGAGGAUGAGGACGAAGACGACGAUAAUGGGCCGACAUUCGCACGUGUACCGCAAAAGCGUUCUGCACCUCCACUCUCUCACGCCGCAAAACGGCCCAAAUCUCCACCAACCGACCCCCCAAGCUUCAGUACCAUUCCCAUAUCUGAGCUCCACGCACCUUCCACCAAAUCUCUCUAUCCCGCCCUUCAGAACGCCACUAAAACAUCUUGCACCCUCGCAUCCAACGAAAUGCUUUACCUCCCUGCCGGCUGGUUUCACGAAGUUGGCUCUGCCGGUGAUCAAGCGGGACUCCAUACGGCUCUGAACUAUUGGUUUGCACCGCCGACCCAGAGAAUCUUUGCUGCCCCCUACGAAGACGGAUUUUGGGAAGAUGGAUUCCAGGAUGUUAAGAAGGAGCUGGAGACAUUAAAGUGAUUGGCACCUCCACCAACAGAUUGAAUGACAGAGCCCUCUGCACCAUGUACCAGUUCCUCCGUGGACAGUCGUGAAUCCACUACAGCUAAACUAAAGAGUGAACUCCCCCAUCUCACCGGUGCGCGCAAGAAAAUAGAAGGUGAUUUCAGGAAGCCAUGCAUGGAGCAAGGUAUCCUUCUGAUGGCCAUUGAUGAGGUCAAGCAGAGGAUGAGAGGAAAGAAAGCUGGAUAGUUCCUAUGAUGACAUGGGAAAUGAACAGAGUAUGUGGAGCAAUAAUAUCUGAUACAGGCAUGACUUGUCCAGGCGUUGGGGAUCUACCGAGGAUGUAUCAGAGUAAAAGUCCGUCUCUCAACUAAUGCGAUUGAAAUGAUGGCUGCAGACUUGCUGCAGACCGAUCAUUUGAUCAGAAGCACAUAUGGAAUACUUGUACAUAGCAGCACAUUUAAUAAUCUGAUUCUGGUAUUCACGAAA